UACCUGGUGUGGGUGAAGGUCACAUGGUUCCUGCUGUGUAGAUGAUGGAUGUGUAAUAAGUCCUGCAUGUUGACAGAAUGACAGAGAAGAUCUUUUCCUCGCAGCGUUACGGCGUCUGCCUAUGACACAUCAGAGCACACUUACAGCAUCACUGUAAUCUUUAGUAAGACCGACUGGUUGUACUGGCAGAAAGCACGCAGCGUUUCAACUGCUAACAUGUCAGUGAAACUGGACGGCAACAUUUUGGUAACUGGGACCAGCAGAGGUAUUGGUUUGGAGUUUGUUAAACAGCUGGCAGAGAAAACCCAACAAGAAGCUCACAUUUAUGCCAGCUGCAGAGAUCCGAAAGGAGCUAAGCCUCUGACGGACCUGGUCACUCAGUUCCCUGGAAAAAUCACUGUAAUCAAGUUAGAUACGUCGGAUGAAGACAGUAUCUCAGCUGCCUUCCAGAUGUUGAACCGGCAGGUUGGAUCUGCUGGGCUAAACCUCCUCAUUAAUAACGCUGCCCUCAACAAACCAGCUGCCCCAGGAUCAAUGAAAGACACCAGCAAAAAGGACAUGAUGGAAGUUUAUGAAACCAACGUCGCUGGACCGUUUAUCCUCACAAAGGUGUUUCUCCCUCUCCUUCAGAGAGCUGCAAAGACAAAGGACAACGGUGAUGAAAUGUCCUGCAGAAGGUCAGCCAUCAUCAACAUAUCCACUCUUCUCUCUUCCAUGGAGAAGUGUUCAGAAACUUUCCAGGCAGCGCAGAUGUACCCCUACAGAACAAGCAAGGCAGCACUAAACAUGCUGACAUGCUGUCAAGCUGAAGACCUCAAGGACCAUAAGAUCCUGGUGACGGCCAUCCACCCAGGCUGGGUCCGUACGGACAUGGGUGGAGAUCAGGCUCCUUUGACCACCCAGGAUAGCGUAGCGGGAAUGCUUGAUGUAAUGUCAACACUAACCGGAAGACACACUGGGCUUCUACUGGACUGGGAGGGCAACAUCAUCCCCUGGUAGUUGCCAAUGUGACCACUAAGCCCAAAUAAAAGAAAAAUGAAUUCACAAAAAAAAA